AUGGCGUGUCUUACGAAAGCCUUAAAUGGCAUGACUUCACAAGAGACAUGGAAUGGAAGAAAGCCAAAUGCUACUCACUUGAAGGUGUUUGAGAGCAUUGGUUAUAUGCAUAUAAAAAGACAUUUUGGAGUGGUAAAUAAGAGGUUAUUAGAGAAGUUGAGUGUUACUACAGUCCCAGCUGAUGCCUUAGAAACUACUCGUCACUUGUUAAAGAUUGUAGUUAAAGAUGCAACUUUUACUGCUCAUGGCCUCACCAAGGAUGCCUUGAAUCAUAUCAAGACUCAUAUUAUUGAUAUUAUGCCUUAUUUACUCUUGUCUGCUAUCACUACAAAUGCGGCAAAAGAGGCUAAGGAAAAGGGAGAAUCCAAUCAUGAACAACAUGAAAAAGAUAAAGGCAUUCAACAAAAGGAACCUUAUGUAUCACUAACUUCUUCCUCAUUUGCUUCACUAAAGUCAUUAUCAAGGCUCAAGUUAAUUAUUAAUUAA